AUGCUAGAUGACGUUCAUGAAUCCCUUCCAAGGAACCCAGAUGAUACAAAUAGCUACGUGCUGGGAAGUAUUAAGAGGCGAAACAUCGUCAUUUCCUGUUUACCAGCAGGCCAGUACGGAAUAGUCAAUGCAGCAACCGUCGCAACGAACCUAAAACGAACCUUUCCGAAAAUAUUAAUGACCUUGAUGGUUGGGAUUGGCGGGGGCGUGCCAAGCAAGGGGGAUAUACGCUUAGGCGAUGUGGUUGUUGGAACAAGAAUAAUGCAGUACGAUCUUGGGAAGAUUGUCGCAGAUGGAAAGUUCGAGCGAACAGCUGUUCCCAAAGUCCAGUCUCCAUUGCUGGGGACAGCUCUGAACCAUCUCCGAGCGAAACACGAACUAAAUGCCAGUCGAAUCCCAUCCAUUCUACAGCAAAAGCUAGAACGUUACAUUGAUCAAAGGUUAUACCCCGGAGUAUACGACCCCCCCGGCACCAUAAAGAUCCAUUACGGUGCGAUUGCUUCAGGAAACCAAGUUAUGAAGCACGGCAUCACCCGAGACAAUGUUGCUCGAGAACUAGAUAUUAUAUGUUUUGAAAUGGAAGCCGCAGGCACUAUGGAUAUAAUCCCAUGCCUCCCAGUUCGUGGGAUCUGUGACUACUCAGAUUCCCAUAAGAACGAAGAAUGGCAAAGAUAUGCGGCAGCGACCGCGGCUGCAUAUGCAAGGGAAUUGAUUGAGGAGCUACCUGUGAUUCAAGAGCAACCAGUAGUUGCUUAUUUAACUAGCCCUGAUCGGAAUAGACCUGAGAAUCGCCGCCAGCUGCUGAUGAAGUCCCUUGGAUUCAAACAAAUGGAUUCUCGUAGGAUCAAUAUCAAUGACAAUUACAAGAAAACAUGUCAAUGGCUUCUUAACCAUCCCGGCUAUAAAGCAUGGCUUGAUUCCACAAGAUUUAUACAACACCAUGGAUUUUUGUGGAUCAGUGGCAAGCCUGGUGCGGGUAAGUCGACCAUCAUGAAGUUUGCAUACUCCAAUAUGAAAAGAGCAUGUCGUGCCGAUGUCAAAACUGCUUCCUUUUUUAAUGCUCGGGGUGGAUCCCUGGAGAGGUCAACCUCAGGGAUGUAUCGAUCACUAUUGCUCCAACUGCUUGAAGAGUACCGCGACCUCCAAACAGUGUUGGAUAAUCCUGAUAUACUCCCCCAGAAUCAAGAGGACUGUCCUCCUCUAAACAUUCUCAAGGAUCUGUUUCGUGACGCAAUCUCCGUCCUUGGUCAACGCCGGUUUACCUGUUUCGUUGAUGCUCUUGAUGAGUGUGAUGAACAGCAAGUUAUGGACAUGGUUGAAUUCUUUGAAGAUUUAGGGGAACAGGCCAAAGACCAUAAUAUCCAGUUCAGGAUCUGUUUCUCAAGUCGACAUUAUCCAUACGUGGUCCUUAAACAUGGAAUAAGAUUUACACUGGAGGAUCAGCCAGGCCACGCAGAAGACUUAGCGAUCUAUAUUACAAACCGCCUCAGGAUCAAUGAUCAAUCUCUUAUUGAGGAUUUGCUUCCUGAACUUUUACGCAAAGCGGCUGGCGUCUUUAUACUUGCAGAAAUACCCAGCGAUCUAAGCAAGUUGUUUAAAGACCUUUUAACACGUGAUACUAAAGAUAUGGAUUCUCUCCUACUUUGUAUCCGCUGGAUUCUUUUCGCAGAGCGGCCAUUGCAACCAGAGGAGUUUCGUCAUGCUCUCUGGUCUGGUUUAUCAUUGAGUAAACUGGUUGAUAGCCAAAUACCAGCUGCCACCCGUGAUAAAAAUAGUCUCGACAAAGUUGUCAUCAGUUACUCAAAAGGACUCGCUGAAAUCACAAAAUCCCAACACCCCACAGUUCAAUUUAUCCACGAAUCGGUUCGAGACUUCCUUCUCAAAGAUAAUGGUUUACAUGAACUAUGGCCUGGAAUGGAAACCGACUGGGAGAUCUCAAGUCAUGAGAAUCUCAAACAAUGCUGCAUAUCCUAUUUGAAUCAGCCCUCGGUGUCCACUUCCAUUGAAAGUUUACCUCCAGGACCAAAUUCCAACGCACGAGAAAAUAUUUCAACUAAAUUCCCGUUUUUAAAGUAUGCAACUCAGAGCAUUCUCUACCAUGCUAAUGCUGCAGCUGAGGUGGUUGUACAGAAUGAGUUUCUUUCCGAAUUUCCGAUCGUGAGCUGGAUCAAGAUGAACAAUCACUUUGAGAAGCACACGAUUCGUGAAUAUACCUUAGCUGCAAGUCUUCUCUACAUCCUUGCGGACAAAGGAUAUCCCAAUCUCGUCCGUACAUGGCUUAAAGAUCAUUCGCAAUGGCAAAUUCCUAUACAUCGAGAGCGAUAUCGCUACCCACUAUUUGCCGCUUUGGCGAGCGGUAACAACGAAACUGUGGCUGCUCUUUUGAACACGGCUUCAAGCAUGAUGAAUGGGACAGAUAUUACAGAGGGCUUGAAAAAUAGGAAAGACCUAAAGGAGUAUAAGAAUAGAACGCCACUAUCUUGGGCUGCUCAGGAAGGUCGGUUGGACAUUGUAACGCUUCUACUUGAGACAGGGUUGGUAAUCGAUGAGUCGGAUGGUGGAGGGCGGACAGGACUUUCACGGGCUGCCGAGAACGGUCAUGAGGCUGUGGCAAAGCUUCUUAUCGAGAAAGGAGCUAAUAUCAAUAUUAGUGAUGGGUCUAGAUCUACAGCACUGCAUCAUGCUUUACAAAACAGACAUGAGGCCAUGGCAAGGCUUCUCAUCGAGAAAGGAGCUGAUAUCAACAUUAUUGAUGAGUCUAGAUCUACAGCACUUCAUUAUGCCUUAGGGAAUGGUUAUGAGGCCGUGGCAAGACUUCUUAUCGAGAAAGGAGCCGAUGUCAAUAUGAGUGAUGAGUCUAGAUCUACAGCACUUCAUCAUGCCUCACAGAAUGGUUAUGAGGCAGUAGUAAGACUUCUUAGUGAAAGAAGCUGA